UUCCAUAAGUUGGUGGCCCACCUAGGAAAUAAAUAAAUAAAUAAAAAAACAGUAUGUACGAAAUAUCUAGCAUACUCGAUCAUUCACUUUAUGCAUCAUUUAUAGCAGCAGAUAACUGUCAAGAACCCCAUUGCAGAGCGAGCCGAUGCAACGCUCAUUCAUUAAUUCACCCCCACCUUCCCUUUUCCAAAACACUACCCUUUUCCUCAUUCACCUCCCAUUUACACUUCCUCUAUUUAACUUCUCUUUUCUUCUUUUCUCGCCGGGAACUUCCAGAAAUGGCGCACAACCAUCACCCUCACCCGGUGGCGGAGGCCAACGACCAGAGCCCCUUCGGCUCUUCCACGCCAGAAGAGUUCUGCGCCCGCCAUUCCGUCGCUCACUCCUCCGCCUACAUCACAAACCCUAGGGGCCUCAAACUCUUCACCCAGUGGUGGACCCCGCUCCCUCCGAAAGAAAUCCUCGGGAUCGUCGCCGUUGUCCAUGGCUUCACCGGCGAGUCCAGCUGGCUGGUCCAGCUCACCUCUAUCUUCUUCGCUGAGGCCGGUUUCGCUGUCUGCGCCAUCGACCACCAGGGCCACGGCUUCUCCGACGGCCUCAUCGCUCACAUCCCCGACAUCAAUCCGGUCAUCGACGACUGCGUCUCCUUCUUCGACGAGUUCCGAUCGCGGUUCUCGUCCUCUCUCCCGGCGUUUCUGUACGCCGAGUCCCUCGGCGGCGCGAUCGCGCUUCUGAUCACUCUCCGGCGCGGCCAGAUCUGGAACGGCGUCGUCCUCAACGGCGCCAUGUGCGGGAUCAGCGCCAAGUUCAAGCCGCCGUGGCCGCUUGAGCACCUACUAUUCCUGGUCGCCGCCGUCAUCCCGACGUGGCGUGUGGUCCCCACGCGCGGCUCGCUUCCGGAGGUUUCAUUUAAGGAGGAGUGGAAGCGGCGUUUGGCGAUAGCGAGUCCGCGACGGAAGGUGGCGAGGCCGAGGGCGGCGACGGCGCUGGAGCUGCUUAGGGUUUGCAGGGAGCUGCAGGAGAGGUUCGAGGAGGUGGAGGUGCCGAUGCUGAUUGUCCACGGCGGCGACGACAUCGUUUGCGACCCGGCCUGCGUGGAGGAGCUCCACCGCCGCGCCUCUAGCAAGGACAAGACGAUCCGGAUCCACGACGGGAUGUGGCACCAGCUCGUCGGCGAGCCGAAGGAGAGCGUCGACAUGGUAUUUGGCGAUAUGGAGGAGUGGCUGCGAAGCCGAGUUCAACGCGCACGUGAGAACUGAGGUGGUCCACGCGCCUCCGCGUGGGGUGGAAGUCCUGCUUUGUUUGUAGUUUCUUUAUCGCUGUCUGGAACUCGUUUAUCUAAUUUCACCUGUCUAUGCAGAGUAAAAGUGUUUCUGGUCACGUGGUGCCAAUAAUUUCCGACCACGUGUAACGAAGAUUUUUAAUAAAAGUGGAUGAUGUUAAUAAUAA